AUGGUCGUCUUCCCCACUCCGGGCCAGCCCGGCUGGGGGGGGUCGCCGGAGGUCCGCCCCCAGCAGCGAUCGCCGCGGGCCCCGCCCCGCCCCGCCCCCCCCCCUCCCGGGGCGCACCGCGGCUGGGGUCGUGACCUCUGGUCGCUCGGCAGGUGCCGGCCGGUGACGGGGGAAAGGAUGCCCGGGGUGCUGCCCGGCGAGAGCCACGGGCCGCCGGCCAGGUGCAACCCCAAGAAGAGCCGCCUGUCCCUCAAGUUUCUUCCCAGAAGGAAGGAGACCAAGCGGGCCCUGGAUUCCACGGAAUCGCAGGGACGACGAGGAGCGCGAACGGCGGACGCCGCCGGCCCCCGACCGUUGUGGCCCCGCAGGGACCAGGUGGUGCCCGCGGGCCGCCGCGCAGCCCUCCCCGCUGGGCUGCGAGAGAGAGGGAGAACCUGCUGCCCUUCCGUGGGGCUCAACAACCUGGGCAACACCUGCUACCUGAACAGCGUCCUGCAGGUGCUGUACUUCUGUCCCGGCUUCAAAAGCGGAGUCAAGCACCUGUUUAACGUCAUUUCGAGGAAGAAGGAAGCCUUGAAGGACGAGGCCAGCCAGAGAGGGAGAAGGUGUCUCCGUGCAGGGAAUUGCAAGGACGACAACCCGGCCAGCUACGAGUUAAUAUGCAGCCUGCAGUCUCUGAUCAUCUCGGUGGAGCAGCUUCAGGCCAGUUUUCUUCUGAAUCCAGAGAAAUACACGGACGAACUCGCCACGCAGCCAAGGAGGCUGCUCAACACUCUCAGGGAACUGAACCCUAUGUAUGAAGGAUACCUGCAGCAUGAUGCUCAGGAAGUCUUGCAGUGCAUCUUGGGAAACAUUCAGGAAACAUGUCAACUCUUAAAAAAGGAAGAACUGAAAAACUCACCUCCCCAGCUAGAGGAGAAGCCUUCUUCUCCAAGAGAAGGCAGUGAAACAAACACCUUAGAGGAUGAGGGGAUGACCAGCUCCGAGGAAGGCAAAGACAAACUCCCAAAGGGGAACGGGAAAAGGAAAAGUGACAGUGAAGUGGGGAAUCCCAAGAAGAAACCUAAGCUGUCCAAGGAGCCAGCGGCCUCUGAAGAGAACCAGAGGCAGACCCGGUCCAAGAGGAAAGCAGCUGAGACGCUCGCUUCAGAAGGUUCUCCCGAAGCGAUCUCCAGAGGCGCCGCUGAUGGAGACUGUGCCCGGCCCAGCCACAAGAAAUCCCGACUCAAACUCAACUGGCUGAAGCCCCUGCCAAACAGCCCAGCGUCCUUCUCCAAGUUCUGCACUGGGAAAAUCACCACACACUCGGGGCCCAAAGGGCCUUCGAAAGGAAACGGAAGGGAGGAGGAAGAGGACUUGAGAGAUGAUCCGGGGGAAGCUGUGCUUCCAGGGAAGAGCGCAGAGGACAAGGAAAUGCAGGCUGUGAGAAAUGUAGGGAUGGAACAAGUCUGCUUUGAAUUGGUGGAGAAAUUAUUCCAAGGCCAGCUGGUUUUGAGAACUCGGUGCUUGGAGUGUGAGAGCUUAACAGAGAGGAGAGAAGACUUUCAAGACAUCAGUGUGCCGGUCCAAGAAGAGGAGUUUUCCAAAGUGCAGGAGAAUUCAGAAAUUUCUCCAGAGCCCAAGACGGAGCUGAAGAGCCUCAAGUGGGCCAUCUCGCAGUUCGCUUCUGUGGAGAGGAUCGUGGGGGAGGACAAAUACUUUUGCGAGAAUUGCCAUCACUACACGGAGGCAGAGAGAAGCCUCCUCUUUGACAAGAUGCCAGAGGUGAUAACCAUCCACUUGAAGUGUUUUGCUGCCACGGGCUUGGAGUUUGAUUGCUAUGGUGGUGGGCUCUCCAAGAUCAACACUCCCCUGCUGACACCCCUCAAGCUGUCCCUGGAAGAGUGGAGCACCAAGCCAAGCAAUGACAGCUAUGGGCUGUUUGCCGUGGUGAUGCACAGCGGGAUCACCAUCAGUAGUGGCCACUACACUGCUUCUGUUAAAGUCACCGACCUUAACAGUCUGGAACUAGACAGGGAGAACUUUGUGGUGGACCAAACGUGUGACAUGGCGACGCCCGAUUCACUGAAUGAGGAGGAUGCCAAGGCUCUCACUGAAGAGCUCGACGACGAAGUCUCCUUCCGAGUCAGUGGCAAACGCAACAGCCCAGCAAAGUCUGAGCAAAUAUAAAAAAAUGUUGAAGCCGUUGGGCUUCUCGGGGGACAGAAGAGUCGGCCGGACUUUGAGUUCUGCAGCAGCCACCGAGCGUCCAACCCCGAGAAAGUCCUUGGGGCCUUGCCCGAUAACAGAAACCCCGAGUCCGGCAGCACAAACGGGGCCCAGGAGCCAGACAGAAGCAAGGAGCCCAGCAGCCAGACGGACACUAAUGAGAGUGGGCUGGAAAGCAGAGUGUCAGAUGUGAUCCAGAGCUUGAAAGAGUAUGAGGGAAAGUGGCUGCUCUUUGAUGAUUCAGAAGUGAAAGUGACCGAAGAAAAAGACUUUCUGAAUUCUCUUUCCCCUGCGACAUCUUCCACAUCCACUCCAUACUUAUUGUUUUAUAAGAAAAUUAUAGAGUGAGUGUAUUUUCCUUGUGUAGAUAAUCUUAUACAUGGAGGUGACGGCUCAUUGGCCUUCGGAAGCUCCUGGGUGAUUACUGGUCUCUAGUUUUUGUGUGCAUAGUGAAAUCGGAAUGACUGAAAACCCUGUUAAGUUUUAGAAUUCAUUUUCCAUGUUCACUAACCGCUCUGCCGGAGACUAGCCAUCCCUUAGCUUCUGAGGACAAACUUGUGUAGGUUCUGGAACAAUUUGUCCAACUAGAGCUCUUUAAAAACACUUUUUAAAGAACAUUUUACACCUGUCUCUUGUAUUGGCUUUUAAAAAUAAAGUGCUGUGUUUGUAUUUUC